UCUCUCAGUCUGAUCGUUAGUCAAUGGGGGUGCUAUCUAUAACGUCACACACGCGCAUCCUGACCAAACGCGCGUGAGAAAAAAGGAGCAAACGCCUGAGCGGACACGCCCACACGUGUAGGUAAAAAGUGAGAAUUUUCUGAAAAUUUGGCUAUGACUUCGCGUCUUUGGAUUUUUCACAACGGAACAGAACAUCUACGAUCUUCUAAGCAUUGAGAGCACGGCCUUUUCAAUAGAACAAGGCCAGCCUAUCUGACGCAAUUGUCUGUGAAAACGUAUCAAACAAACGCGACCCUUCCAGGACAGUUGUAUUGAGAUUAUUUGCCGGCGACGAGUCUUCUACAACGCACGUGCUAGGCCUAAGAACGGGGGAACAUCCGGGGUCAAACAAUCGCGGCCCUUCCAGGACAGUUGUAUUGAGAUUAUUUCCCGCGACGAGCCUUCUACAACGCACGUGCUAGGCCUAAGAACGGGGAACAUCCGGGGUCUAUCCAAAAGUCGAUAGCUGUAGUAACCCCCACAGCUCAGACCAGUUUUACAAACUACGGAAGACACCGGAACAACGUCUGACUCCGAUAGUUCAGAUUUUUUUGGAUACCGUCAUUGAAGGAGUAAGAAACUACAAUCAACCCCCUUGAAGAAAAUUCCAACAUUGGAGACACUCUCUUCAGGAUUUUUUCAGCUAAGGGAUAGAAUAACUGAAAACUUUGAGCAUGUCUACAGUGAGUAUGUUCAAUCCUUGCAUAAUACUCUGGAAUCCUUAAAUUGUUGUGUUAUGGUGAAUAAAAGAAAUGUUAAGACAAUAUUAUUUUAGAAAUGGCUCAGAAGCGUUCGAGUAAUUCUCCCUCUUCAGAAGCUAAAAAAAUUAGAAUUGAAAAUGACCCUACAUCAUCACAUGAUCUCUGCUUUGGUGAAACUUCGACUUUUUCAAGUAGUCUGUUACAACGUGAUCCGUACACAGCCCUGAAUCCUUUUUUAACCGAUGCAAUCAAUGAGUUGAAUGAUAGUUUACGAUCGACACUUAGACACGAUAUUCAGAGCCCCAAUCCGGGUUUGACCGAUAGUUUAACAGCGACACAAACACAGCUGCCUCAUCAUGACGUGUUCUUAGAAUUGAAUCGGAGUCUGUUAACGUUGCAGAAUAGUCUAAAUGAUCAAGAUCUACCUGUGCCGUUAAAUCCAUUUUUAAUCGAUGCAAUCAAUGAGUUGAAUGAUGGUUUAAGAUCGACACUUAGACACGAUAUUCAGAGCCCCAAUCCGGGGUUGACCGAUAAUUUAACAGCGACACAAACACAGCUGCCUCAUCAUGACGUGUUCUUAGAAUUGAAUCAGAGUCUGUUAACGUUGCAGAAUAGUCUAAAUGAUCAAGAUCAACCUGUGCCGUUAAAUCCCUUUUUGAUAGAAGCUGUAAACCAAUUGAACGAAAGUCUUAACUUAUCUAACGAACAAAAUGUCGUUAAUGCAACAACUCCAGUAACCUAUCAAUAUCAAGAACCUGCAUCUCAACAAGAUUUGCUUCAUGGUCUUAAUCAAAGUCUUAUUUUGUUAAAUGACAAUAUCAUUAACUUAAUCAACCAACCUGUUAAUGUUCUGCAAAAUCCCAAAACUGAUCAUGAGUACAUUCCUGAAAUGGUAAAUGAUACAUCAGUAGACAAUGCGUCGGCGCCUACGGGUGAAAAUGUACCCUCAGAUCAUGUAGACAUUGCGUCGCUGCCCACUGGUGAAAAUGUACCCUCAGAUCACGUAGACAGUGCGAAACCUUCAGUUCAAAAUGUACCCUCAGAUCACGUAGACAAUGCGUCGCCGCCUACGGGUGAAAAUGUACCCUCAGAUCACGUAGACAAUGCGUCGCCGCCUACGGGUGAAAAUGUACCCUUAGAUCACGUAGACAACGCAUCGCCGCCACCUUCUGUUGAAAACAAUCAAAUAGGCCAUGGUGUAGAUAGUAAUAUUAGGAUAAUUAAUCGUGACAACUUCAAUAACACAGAGAUCAUAAGAAGAGUGAAUUUUUCUUCUAUCGCUAACGUCAACAGUUUUGCUGAAUUUUAUAAUUAUGUUUUAGAGAUUUUAAACAGCGUGGUAGAAGUUGCGAAUUAAAUG